AGGAUCGAUCAUCCCCCUUGAAUCUCUCCACCGAGCCGCGGUAAGCAGAACCUGAAGAAAGAAGCAGCAGAAGCAGCAGCAGCAGAGGCCAUGUUCCGGUGUUUGCUAUCUUCGAACUUCUAAGCUUCUGAGACGAAGCAUUUCCUGAUCUUCGUAUCGAGAUCUCGGGGACCCGCGAUUAGACCACGUUAAUUCAGAAAUGGAGAACUAUAGAAUUGGAAGUGCUGCAGGGAGCAUGCGGGGAAGCAUGCGAGGAAGCAUGCGGCGCACCGUCUCGUCAUGGCGGUCGUCGACUGCGAGCGACGUAUUCGGCAGGUCGGUUAGGGAGGAGGAUGACGAGGAGGCGUUGAAGUGGGCCGCGAUCGAGAAGCUUCCUACCUACGAUCGCAUGCGGAAAGGGAUACUCACGGCCGGGGGGGAAGGCGGGGUGGUGCAAGAAGUAGACAUUCUGGGACUCGGCCUUCAGGAGAGGAAGAACCUGCUCGAGAGGUUGAUGAGAACUGCAGAGGAAGAUAACGAGAGAUUCCUUCUGAAGCUAAGGAACCGAAUGGAACGGUACGUAAACCUUGUUUUCUUCCUAAUUAUUAUAUAUCUACUCGUAUAUCACCUCUAUAGGCUUGUUCGUGUACAAUGAAGUGUUGUCUUACAGCA